AUGUCUCAACAACUGCUGCAAGAAAACCAGCCGAACUCCACCUCCUCCUACCUUGACCUCGGCAUUACGCUCGCAAUCCACAACUGGCCCGCUCUCACUCUAGCCGUGCAGUCCAACUGGGGUGGUCCAACAUCAUCCGACAAGCGCGAUUGGCUCUGUGGUGCGAUUUCUGACAUGCUGAAUGAUCGGCCGGAGACGGAUGCGGAGGAUCUCGAGGACGUGUUGAUCCAGGUUAUGAAUGAUGAGUUCGACGUGGUUAUUGACGAUGAGAGUGCGGUGCCUGUUGCGGCCGAGAUUAUGGAGGUGAGGGAGUUGGUGGCGAAAGGCGAUAUCGAUCCUAUUAAGCAGAUGUGGGAGAACUACCAGACGAAGAGUCAGCAGAAGGCUAGUAAUGUUGCGGCGGCUUUUAAGAGGGGCGAGGAUGAGGACCAGGAUUCUGAGGAUGAUGACGAGGAGGAUGAGGAGGACGAUGUUGAUAUGGGGGAGGCUCCUGCUUUGGUUAGGGCUCCGAAGGAGAAGGUUCAACCUGAGGUGGAUGAGGAUGGGUUUACCAAGGUUGUUGGAAAGAAGAAGCGGUGA